AUGACGUGCGCUGUGGUUGGGAGCCAGACUCAAAGCUAUGCUGAUGCGAAAAGUCUGUGUGAUGUGAAGCCGAAUGCACGAGAGGACAAAGACGUGGAAUCGGUGUCUGACAGCCCGGGUCGGACUCAGGAGCCAUUACAGACUCACACGUUCUCCCUGAAGAACAAUGCUGCAGGUCUGUCCUCAGAUGAACACGAAAACCCUUUAAAUGGAACCCAGCCGAAUCCAUUUGUAUACAGCAGUGUCCCUGCUGUUCCCCAUGCAGGCAAUUCAUUGCCUUCAGGAGCACUUGUUAAUGGACCUGGUUCACACCCCAACUCAGAGGUACACUGUGUCCUGAACAAAGGCACUGUUUUAUCCAACAGUGUCCUGGAUGCCGCGUGGCAGGCGGAGAAGGACAUGAGCCCCGAGGUGUUACCACCACCCAGUGAGCUUCAAUCAGACGCUCGGAAGAACACAGUGGGGCCCGACGUAAAAACACCGGCCACACAGCCAGGUGUCAACACGCCACUGUCUCACUCGGAGGAGAAUGAGUCUAAACUGGCCUGUUCCACACUGUCAGGUGACAGAGCAGAGCAAAUGCACGUUAGCCAACCUUUGCCAAAGCAGACAAUAAAAACAAGCUCUCCAUGGGACACGGAGCGGUCAGGAGUCUCUUUGGAUGAUUAUGAUAAUACUGAAGUAAUCAGGUGGGAUUCAACAAGAGAAUGCUUUUUGCACAAUGACAGAAGGCUGGAGACCGAAGCGACGCCCCAAAGAGACAGGAAGCACAAUACACACACGCAAAGCAUGUUAGGCUGUCUAGAAAAGGUUAACAACAGCUACAGACAUUUCUGCAGCGGUAAUGAUGCUGAAAGUGUUGACACUGGCAACAAAGAUGAAUUUUUGGGUACACAAUUUGACAUUAAAUAUUCAGUUCUGCCAUUCAAAGACCUUUCUGGGAACACAGCUUUAGACUCUGAGAGCCGUAUUUAUAGCAGCGCGCGGGGAGGCGGUAAUGAGGAAAAUGACCCUGAAGAUGAAAACUGUGCUAGUCCAAAAGUGGAGCAGUUGAAGGCAGAGCAACUUGAACAAGAUUCACUUUUCUUUUCAUGCACAAUAUGCAAUGAUAAUUUCAGAAAAAGACAUUUUCAUAGACAUAUGAUGUAUCAUUUAGGCGAGCAUAAUCAGGUGAACAGUGUUUCACAGCCCUUUAGAUGCGCAGAGUGCGGGCUUUUGUUCUGUGAUAGCAGCUCCCUCAUGAGGCACAUCAUUAUUCACCAAGACAGGCUGGAAGAGCUCACGGAGGAGCUCGAAGGUCUCAGAAAGACCGCCUCUGAAGGCAGGGCCGCCGCAGGGCCGCCGCGCUCCUGCUGCACCUUUGGCUCUAACUGCCCCAAAAUCCUUUUCCAGGACACCAAAACGCACGAUAAUCUGAAGCACUACUACUUCUGCCAGGAGUGUAACUACAUCACCUGCACACAGCGGGCACUUGUAGCGCACUUACAUGUCGCACACCUCGACACACACCAGCCUCCGUACCGGAGCGCGAGUCAUACUAAUGAUGCAGGGGGAGCAGGCCCUGUUCAGUGUAAAGUGGGUUUUUUCACCAGCAGAGACAAAGUAGAAAAACAUUCUGGAAUAUAUAAAUAUGGAAAAAUGACUGACCGAGCUCGAAUGACCAGCUUUAAAAACGUGACCUGCUCUUCCAGUCAAAACGGGCAUAUUUACAUCCAAAAGACCACAGAUUCUCUGCAGCUUAAAGCCAGAGCCAGCUGCACUGAAAGCACGCUGUCACCAUAUUUGUGGAGGAUGGACAAGCAUGGAAAGUUACUCUUACAACCGGCAGAAAAAUUGGAUGUGGAAGCUGAUCUCACCUGUGUAGAAGAAGAUGCUGAAAACAAUGACCGCAAGGCUUUUGGCAGCUUAAAGCUGGCAAACUGUCCUGCAGCCGCUGCUUUUACAGCCAGGAAGCUUAAAUUGGACCAGAUGUUCUCUCAGGGAAGCAAAAAUGACCCCGUAAAUGGGAGUUUACGAGUGCAAGUGAGCCAAAAUUCUCCAUCAAUGAGAAAAAUGACUACACCUUUGCAUAACACUGCUGAAAGAAUGAAUGGUAAUAUGUUGCCUGGGCUUAGCCAGAGGCUUAAGAAGCAGUGUGCAGUUAGGGAGUUAAAGAAAGGCUGUGAGGGUGAUGAUAACUUCAGUGAUGACACCAGCGAAGCUACAGGCGGCUUCUUGGAAAGCAGCGAGAAUGAAAGGAAGUCGUAUGCUCGGAGGUAUUUGAGAAAGAGGAAGAGCUUUACAGCCAAACAAAACCCCCACACACUCCAGGUUGAAGAUGAUGGAGAUGAAGACUGCAGUGACAUAGAGCAGCUCGUAAUCAAAGAGGAGCACACCGAAACGACAGGGAGUGAGGAGUCCACAGAACUGCUUAAUACAUCUCCAAGUGAUAGUUCUCAUAUUUCCCCCUCACCAUCAGGGAAGCCCUGUCCUUACUGUCCUGCCACGUUUGAGUCUGGAGUGGGUCUGUCCAAUCAUGUGCGAGGACAUCUUCGCAGAGCUGGGCUGAGCUAUAAUGCUCGGCACACGGUUUCCCCGGAGCAAGUUGCAUUGUGGGACCAUCAGCCAAGAAUCCGCAGAAGGAGCUCUAUGAGGAAAAGGAAAAGAGCUGCUAAGCCAGAAACCAGAGGACAGCAUGCGUGUCCCCUGUGCUGGGAAUGCUUUGAUACCAAAACUGGCCUUUCCAACCAUGUGAGGGGACAUCUGAAUCGAGCAGGUAGAAGUGUUACCAGCACCUCUCAGAGGUUCCUCUGCAGCAAUGGCCUGUUCCUGGUGCACACGUGCAUACCAGUGAAGAUCCAGCAUGGUGAAAGGCGCCUGCGUCCGGUGCUGGAGAGUUUUGUACCUAAACACAGGGCCCUCUCAGAAUGGAAGAAGCUGCAGGUAGAAACAGAAAGAGCCAAUGAAGCUUCAUCCAGCACUUUAGUUGAACUCCUCAAACAGGAAAGUGUGGAGCCUGCAGGGAGAAGUAGGCAGGAAGCCGAUGCACCCGGGAGGAUCUGUGACACGACCAAAGAUUAUGUGGAGCAAACAGAGAUGAGCAGUCUGGAGCCAGACUGGGCUCAUGGGGAAUGUGAUUCAAAAAAGAUUUAUAUUCCGUAUGACAACAGCUUCCCCACUGUUUCCCAGCUUCCUGGUCACAUGCCAGCAAAUGCACACAGGAAGAGGGUUAGGAUUUAUGGAGCAGCAGGCUAUGAUUAUGAGCAGAAGAAACCAAGACCGAGGCCGGGGCUCAAAAAGAAUAUUUCACCCCCACUGAAUACUGAGAUAUGCACACUCACCUGCAGAUUCUGUGACCUCGUUUUCCAGGGUCCUUUGUCCAUCCAAGAGGACUGGAUCAGGCAUUUACAGAGGCACCUUUUACACACCAGCAUGCCCCACUCAGGGAGAGGGAUGGUAGAGGUUUUGGGUCUUCAUCACAAAAUAAAAAUAAGCAUGUCUCAUGAGGACCCAGAAACUGAAUAG